AUGCUGGAUAUUGAAAUCAAAUUAAAACCAUCCAAGUGUAAAAUCCUCUUGGGUAUGUUUAAUGGCUCUAUUUCGCAAAUUCCUUAUUAAGUUGUAAUGCCUUUACUUCCUUGGCUAACAUAGUAUAUUUUCAUGAUAGGAUAAUAUGGACUCGUAUUCUAAGCUUUAUGCCACAUCGGAAUUUUAAUUGCAAGACUCUUCGCAGGCCCUCUGAUCAAGUAAAUUGGUUCAAGACUUGUGAUUAUGAUUGGGGGAUUGCUGACUCUGCAAUACUUUAUUUACAUUUUCUACCUAAUAAGCAGGAUUUUUACUCAUUACAUCUUUAAUCCAUUUGAGCUUUAGUAUAAACUAACUGGUCAUUUCAAAGUAUUCAUUUUCUUAAGCUUUCUAUUUGGUAUUGGGAUUUUCCUGAGCUAUGAGGGGAAUCAUAGAUAUAUCAAGCAUUGUGCAGUUAACAUAGAAAAGAUAGAAGAAAGGUAAAGACGUCAAGAUUAAUACACUAAAUAUUACAAUUAGCUAGUAUUCUUUUUCAAAAUCAUAGGAAUUAUAAUAGCAGCAGUUCUAGUAUUUGAUCUUCAUAGUGGAUCUGUUACCUCAUUUACUCUUUAAUUUGAUAAUCUGAUGAUAUUUUGUUCUGCUCUUUCACUUGGAUCAUUCGUGAUAGCUUUAAUGAUGCCUGCACCAUAUACAGUAAGAAAGCAGAAUAGCAUCGAUUAUAUUGAAGAAUAAUCUGAUCACAAUAGAAUUUAAUCAAAUUCUCAGAAGAAUCAUAUAUCAGAAUUUUAUGAUUAUGAAAGUCCUUAUUACUUUACAUUAAAAACUGUGAUAAAAGAUCUGUUCACAGAAAUUUUCUCAACGAGAAUGGCUAAGUACACUCUUCAUAUUAUCUGCUCCGCUUCGAUGAGUACUAUGUUUGAAUCUGUGGCUUUUGUAUUCAUGUAUACCAAGAUUAGAGAUAAUGUUUAAGAAAAUGAACUUAGAGUAGCCUAUCUAAUGUUUAUUCCUUAUGUAGGUAUUUACCUGCUAUUAUCAUUCUGUACCUGUCGCACUUGCUAUGAUUUUAAUGAUUAAGGUCGCUAAAGAACAAGUAGAAAAUGGGGUGCAAUCAUUAACUUAUUCACAUUUCUAGGGAUGUGCAUUAUAGCUAUUAUUUUUAGAACAAAGAAAUGGGAUUUCUAUAAGAUAAGUGCAGCCUAAACAAUUGGAAUAUUUGUAGGUGGCGCAGCAUAUUGUGGACUUUGUGACCUACUUCUCUAAAAAUAAAGAAAAAGUCUCGCGUUUCAGGGUUAAAGACAUAAGUCUUUCUAUUAAGCUACCCAGAUAGUGGAGGAAUUUGUGAAAGCAGUAAUUUAAAUAGCUCUUUUCUUGCACUACUAUAUCUGGAUUGAUUAAUGGAAUUUCGAAGAAUUGCUAGGGUUUCAGUUCUUUAUUUUAAUAGCUAUUUCCCUUGCUCUUGGAAUGAUACUUCAAGUAUUGAUUUGGCUAUUCUUUUGA